AUGGCACCACGUCUUCUCGUUCUCUUCGGCAUUCUGGCACUCAGCCACGUUUCUCUCGAGGCUGCUGAUAUUUGUGAGAUAUUGUACGUUCUUUCUAUGCUCUAUUCUACGAUAUAAUGCCAAUUGCAGAGAUGCCAACUAUUGCUUCUACUUCUCGGAUUCUUCCUGCUACAUCAACCUCUGUCAGUGUGAAGCAUGUGCGAAACCAGACAAAGCCCAGAGACUCCUGGAAGAGGCGCCCGGCAACUCGACUGCUUCGGAGAGAUUGUGCCCCACUUGGUGUCCACAUCUCAAGUCAAACGAAACAAUUGCGAACAUCCUGGGUGCAUCCGUGAGUCGCACUAUUGUCGCUCGCUGUUUGUGAGCCACUUCUUUUCAGACCAACUCAACCGAACUGCCUGACAUCUCCUUUGAAUGCGACGACUUAAAAGAGAACUGUUUGGCAAAGAAGGGAUAUAAUGGGCACUGUUACUUCUACGAAAAGAACUGCGAAUACCGGGCGGAGAUUGCCAAGAGGGGAAAGUCAAAGGUCGGUCGCUCGUCGCGAGAUCGAUCGUACAAUUUCUCACGUGUUUUCAGAAGUCUUCAAUUCCAAAAACCGCUGAGGAAUGUCUUAAGCAUCAGAAAACGUGCAGCAGAAAAUACAAAAGACACUACAGUUGCAAGACGUUCAGAAAGUACUGCAAGAAGUACGAUCUUCCAGAGCUCGAAGCCGGCAACUCUACUCUCAUCGGGGUACGGCUCUUCUACAGAACGUCUUCUUCAGUUUACUCAUUUCCAGAACAACCACACUUCCGAAGUGAGCCCAUUGGAGCAGUGCUUGCAUUUCCAAAAGAUCUGCGCCGCCAAGUACCGCAAGCAUUUCGCCUGCCGUCAAUACCGCAAGAAGUGCAAGCCGUUCAAUCUACCAGAAAUCCAUUUUGAGGAUUCUGAAGUCACUCAAAAGCCGCAGCGGCAACACAAACAGAUGAAGAAAGGACACGGAAUGAGAAAAGAGCACAAUGAAACUGUGGUGCUCCCUGACGAGCUGAGCACAGGAAACGAGACAUUGGUGGAAACGCUUUUGGAAAGGAACUAG